AUGGCUGAGGAACAGUUUUGCCUUCGCUGGAAUAAUCACCAGCCAAAUUUCAUCUCAGUUUUCAUGCAUCUACUACGCACGGAAUCUCUGGUGGAUGUAACACUAGCUGCUGAGGGCAAGCAUCUCCAGGCUCACAGAGUAGUUCUCUCUGCUUGUAGCCCAUACUUUCAGAUGCUGUUUGCAAUGAACCCAUGUCAGCAUCCAAUUGUGAUAUUUACAGAUAUUAAAUACGACGACUUGAAAAUAAUAGUAGAUUUUAUGUACUACGGCGAAGUCAACAUCUCACACGAACAGUUGCCAGCAAUUUUGAAGGCAGCAGAACGUCUGGAAUUGAAGGGCUUGCCAGAGAACACAAGGCUGCAAGAGGCUUCCGCAGGUUCGGGGUCUGGCUCCACAGCGAGUCCAACAGGGAACUUCCUUGCCCCACCUACCAACCACACUCAUGGUCCUAUGUACCACCUAUUGUGGAUAAUACAUGCACAAGAAGAGAAAUGUGUCCAGGUAGCCAUGGGCAUGAGAACUUCAUUGCAACACAGAAGACAGUUUAUGGAGUUACAGUGGUGGCGGUGGCGGCGGCAGCAGCAGCAGCAGCAGCAGCAGCAGCAGCAGCAACUACAAUAA